UCCUUUACUUCCUGUUUUACCGGGGCCGGGGCUCCGAUCUUGUGCCUCCGGGAUCUGCUUUCUCCCUGCUGCCACUUUUGUUUUUGUCACCGGGACUCCGGGAGCUCAUGGAUAUCACGUAGUGGAGGUGCCGACGCCAUUUUUGCAGGGGUUCCGGCCUGUUUCUGGCGCCGGGGGUGGCCCUCUCCACCCCCCCCCCCCCCCCCCCUCAGUAUCUUCCCUUGUUGUUCUCUCCUGGACCAUGGCUGCUGCCUUCGAGCGGCCAACUUUUUGUUGCUGCCGGAAAGUUGUGACCGGUUCGAACAAGAGCGAGGAGCGGAGCUGGCCCCGGCCCCGGGGACCCCACUGCCCCGUCGACAUCGCGUCCGCCUCCAACUUCCAGCAUUUUGAGAUCCGGCACUUGCACCUGGAGCUGGAGAUUAACUUUGUGCGGCGGCAGAUCGAGGCGGUCGAGGUGCUGGACCUGGUGAGCCUGGAGCCCGCCACCCGGAGCCUGGUCCUCGACUCGCACCAGUCGCUGCUCAUCCGCUCGGUCAGCGCCAAGUGCUCGUGUAACUCGGCUCAGAACAGCUGGCCGCUCAGCCACAGGCUCGACCCCUUCACCGACUACGGCUCGUCGCUGGUGAUAACGCUGCCGGCGGCUAUCAAACCUCACAGCAACUUCCAGAUCAUCAUCAAGUACACUACAGCAGACGGGCCAGCGAUUUGGUGGCUGGAUCCAGAGUUAACAAGUGGAAACUCCAAACCAUUCCUCUUCACACAUGGUCAUUCAGUGUGUAACAGAUCCUUCUUCCCCUGUUUCGAUACACCUGCAGUCAAGAGUACUUACUCUGCUACAGUCAUGGUUCCACCUGGUAUCAAAGUACUAAUGAGUGCAACACGGAGCACGUUUGAUGAGCAAGAGAACAUAUACCGAUUCCAAAUGGAAUAUCCAGUUCCUGCCUACCUGCUGGCCCUGGUAGCUGGAGAUCUAAUUUCUGCAGAUAUUGGUCCACGAAGCAGAGUUUGGGCUGAACCUUGUUUAUUAAAAGUUGCAACAGCAAAACUCAACGGCACAGUGGAACGGUGGCUGAGUGCUGCAGAGAAUCUCUUUGGACCUUAUAUGUGGGAAAGGUAUGAUGUCGUAUUCCUUCCACCCUCUUUUCCAAUUGUUGCAAUGGAAAAUCCCUGUUUGACAUUCAUUAUUUCCUGUAUAUUGGAAAGCGAUGAGUUUCUCAUUAUUGAUGUCAUCCAUGAGAUCGCACAUAGCUGGUUUGGAAAUGCAGUUACCAAUGCUACAUGGGAAGAAAUGUGGCUGAGCGAGGGGCUGGCAACGUAUGCACAACGUCGCAUUACCACAGAAACAUAUGGGGCUGCUUUUACUUGUCUUGAAACCACUUUCCGACUGGAAGCACUACAUCGUCAGCUGAAACUGCUCGGAGAUGAGAGUCCUGUCAGCAGACUACAAGUGAAGUUUGAGCCAGGAGUCAAUCCCAGCAGUCUGAUGAACCUCUUCACGUAUGAAAAAGGAUUUUGCUUUGUAUACUACCUGUCACAGCUCUGUGGUGAUACAAAGUGCUUUGACUCUUUUCUUAGAGCCUAUGUGGAGAAGUUCAAGUUUACAAGCGUGGUUGCAGGUGAUUUACUGGAGUUUUUCUUGGGCUUUUUUCCUGAGCUGAGGGAGAAAUGUGUAGACAACAAGGAAGGACUAGAAUUUGAGCGCUGGCUGAAUGCAUCUGGGCCACCGCUGUUGGAACCAGACUUGUCUCAGGGAUCCAGUUUGAUAAAACCGGUGGAAACUCUGUACCAGCUCUGGAGUUCAGAAACUCUUGAUGGAAACCAUAUUACAGACAUUGAUAUAUCCAAAUGGAAAACAUUCCAAAUAGUCCAUUUGUUGGACAAACUCCUAGACAGAUCUCCAUUGCCUCAUGAAGUCAUGAUGAAGCUUUCGAAGAGUUACUCUGCGCUGCUCGACUCAAUGAAUGCUGAAAUAAGAAUUAGAUGGUUGCAGAUUGUAGUCAGAAAUAACUAUUUACCAGAUUUUUACAAAGUACGACGAUUCCUGGAAAACCAUACCUCACGAAUGUAUACUGGUCCUUUGUAUGAAGAUCUGUGUGCUGGAACCAUGAAGGCUAUUGCCAUGGAGACAUUUUACCUGACACAGAACAGACUGCAUGUAAACUUGAGAAGAGCAAUCCAACAGAUUUUUGCACACAGUGCUAACCCUGCUGCUGUUAUGACACUGCUUGAAGAUAAACCAUCAGAUACAACCAACCCCAUCUCACUCAGGGAUGUGAAUGUCUCUGCAUAGCUGAUCAACCCAUGCUGUUGUAGAAUGGAUUUAACUGAAUAUUUGGGAUCCUCGCUUGAGAACCUAAACUAAAGUAUUUUCAAUUUGUGACUUUCUAAUUCAAUCAUUUUUCACAGGAUUUAUGUUGGUUAUCUUAAGGACCUCUUCCAGGGAAUGGAGAAGCCUAAGCCAGCAUUCCAAAAAUGUUUCAUACAAAAUACUAUUUUGUUGAAAGAUUGGCCAUGUUGUAGAAACUUUGUCACUCUUGUAUGUUUGAUACACAUGUAAAAUGUAGAUUCUAGAAUCAUAGUUUGAGGAUCAUUCUUGCUAAUCCAGGCACUUGGAAAAAAAGACAUUUUCUCAACUCUGACAGAAUAGUUGACACAGUACAGAACUGUUGGUGCUAAAGAAGUAAUCAGGAAACAAGGUGAGGCCAAAUGGUUGGUUUUAAUGAAGUAGUUUAAAUAAUAUUGGUUGGUGCUGUUGACCUGGUUGCACCAUGCCGACUAGUUAUACUCUGUUAAAUAGAACAGGAGUUAACAAGGACGGAUUUCUGAUGAACACAUCUGUACAAAGUAUGUGAAUUCUAAUUUUUGCCAAUGCAGAACAUACAAGUUUGGUUGAUUCACGUGGAUUUUACAGUGCAAAUUUGAUUUGGUUUUUAGCCAGUGCAGGCUUUGUUAGCAAUAACAUUUUACUCAAAGCAAAGUUUGUAGGUUCAUUAGUUAGUGUAAAAUUGUUUCUUCCUGGUUUUCCUUAAAUUUCAUCUGUAAAAACUGAGAACUUUCAAAUUCAUUACACGUAUUUCAGGUAAUCUUACCCUCAUGCAAUCUAGAUAGAGGUGUGAAGCUAAUGACUAAUAUGUUUCACACCUAGGUUGUUUCAGAAAAUUUUUUGUUAAUUCUUUGCAUUUUUUCUAAAAAAUAAUUUAAAAUGAGUUUUGUUUUGCCUUUACAAUGGAUAAUGAAUGGAAAUGUGUGUGUAUUAUCUACUUCACAUUCUUAUAGAAUAUAUUUUUUCCAAAAAUCAUUGCAAAGGAUAUUUUUGAGAAAGUAAAUGGCCUCAGAAUUCUUAGAAUUCAUUUGUGGUCCUUAUGAAAUGGAAACAGUCAUGGAAUUAGGAACAUGUUUAUUUUAUCCAAGUUAGUGACCGUUAGUGUAUUAUAUAGAGAAGUAUCAUCAGGGUGAUAGUCUAUUUUAAAAAGGAACAUUAUGACUUGUGUUCCAAUGAGUCAUUUUAGAUUUAAUCUAUAAGACAAACUUUCCCUUUUAAUUUGCUUCUUGCACUGUGGACUUAAAGAUACUCAUCUUCCAUCCAUGAGCUUUUUUCAAUUCCACUGUAUUUCUGUUUAAAGUGUAACAAUUUUUGACAACAGAGUAUUUUGGUAAACAGACCUGAGUAUUUAGCUGUUGUUCCAUGAUGGAGCAGGAUGUUAAGGAGCUGGAAUGUAUUUGAGUUCAAUGUUGAUUGCUGCCUUCACUGACUGCUCAUUUAAGAUCCCAGAUGUGGUUCAAAACUAGAGGGAUAUUGUGCAGUUGGUAAUAGUUAAUGCCAUAUUAACUUGGUGGUCCUGACUGUUCUAUAGUUUCUGAUUUUUUAGUUUCUGAUUGUUGUCCUACAAUUUGAAUAGAAUGCUUCUGGUUCUCAUUUUGAUGAUGUGCUAUCUGCUUUGCCUUGGAAAUGUUGGAGUCAGCAGGUACUUCAUUGAAUAAGAUCCAAUUGAUGAAGAUGACAUUAAGAAAUGUGUAACGUGUCAACACUGGAAGCACAUUAGCAAAACGUUGAAUUAUCUGAUGAAAAUUUUGUACUUUUUCCUGCUUUUUGUUCAAAUGUGUUUCACAAGUGUAUGCAAAAAAAAGUUAAGGAGCCAACAACUGUGUAAUGGAUUUGCACAAAAACUUUGUGACUGUACCUUUCUCAGGAAGUGCAACCAGUGGUGCCUUUCUCAACAGUAUUCUGAUUCAUGGUCCAUAAGCUUCUGUCCUUUUUAACAGAAGCCUUAUUAGUAAAAUGAAACAAAACACUUCCUCAAAAUAUAUUGUGAAUUUGUUUACAAAAAUGUUUUGUAAGUCAGAACUAUUUUAUUAUGUCCCAAAUAAUACUUAGUAACACAAAAUGGUUUAGCUUUGUUAUUUUUUAAAAUGCGAUGUUUUUCAUGGUGUCAGAUGUCAUAAGUCACAGAUAUUUUUUCCUGAGACCGAAGAAGCUAUUUGCCAAACUGCUUGUGUGGAGGAUGUAGUUUUCAGAUCUGUGUUUUUUUUUAUAACCAUCACUAAUAAUGAAUGCAGACUAAAAAUUUUUUAAAAUGGAUUAGAAGUUUCAAAGAAGAGCAUCUACCCAAGAUGUUGUAACACUGACUUGGUGUGGUUUUCCAGCAUUUUCUGUUCUAACUUCAGAUUUCCAGCAUUCGGUUUCAACUUGUAUUUGUACUGAUGAAACUGUCUCUGUAUAAACCAACUAAAAACUUAAAAGUGUUCUUAUGUCUGCAGAUAUUUUUAAUUGAACUUUACACUUCAUAAGAAAGGGCAGAUGAUUAUCCAAUAUAUUGCAAGUACUGAUAUUGUGAAAAAUAUGAAUGUGUACAAAAAUAAACAAGGUAACCAUGAUUUAUUGGGUGAAUUGGAUAAUGCCAGUAUUUAAACAAUGUAUGAACAGAUUGGUUUGAUUCCUCUUCCUGCUUUACCAAUGUUACCAGGACUGAUUCAAAUGUUUGUCUAUGCACAGGUAAAGUGAUACAGUUGAGGCUGAGAAGUGACUGUUCUGACUAAGAAGUAAUAAAACUGCUUUUGGGACGGAACUUGUUCAUUAAGGCAUUGAAAAAGCCUGCAACUAAAAUUAAGUACUUGAAAAGUAAUUUUAGGGAAUAUGUGAAUACUUUGUUGGUGUUAGGUUUAAUUGUAUAAGCAAAACUUUUCUUUUUACUGGACUUACACUAGAACUAUCUGUAUUGGAAGUGAAAGUUCAGUAGAAAUGAAACAUUAUGCAGUGGGCUCUAUAUCUGAACAGUGGAGACCACAAACAUGUAUUGUAUGCAUUAAAUGUGUAAAUUCUGUAUAUUGGGCAAUUUAAUAUGGUAAUUGAUUUUUUUGUUUGUUUCUCACAUGCUGAUGUCAAUAGAUGUGUACAUAUUCUUUGUGGACGGAGGACAUUGGAUCUUUUUUCUCACACUCUUCAUGCCCUAUUCAUUUUGUACUGCACGGUCCUGCAGGUUUUAUUUAAAGAAAAGGUCUAAAAAUGUUCCUCACAGUUUGUUAAUUUAGUUUGGAAAGCUUCUGUAUCCUUUUACAGUGGCUGAAGUUUUGUUUGUGCUGAAUUUACUGUGUUCUGAUAUUUUCUCUAAAAUCUAUAUGUUCCAUUAUUAAACAGCUGUAGUUGGCACCAGUUGGAUACCAGGAGGGGAGUACAAUAAUUAUUUAGCACCUAUUUAAUGCUAGUGACCAACGGCACAUUUUUGUCCCUUUUAUUUCUUUUCCUGCUAUAAUAGCACCUACUGAGGACCAUCCCAGUCUCUUUUCACAUUUUAUAUAUGUUGUUCAUUCCUCCAAAAUAUCCUCUUUGUACUGGCCUCUCAUUGUAACUCACCUUGUGCCAGGUUGUACAAUGUAUUCCAUUACCAUUUUUGCUUUUUGAAAAUUAAUUUAGAGAUUAUUGAAAACUAAAGACAAUUAAACUCCUAUCAUUGGACUAAUUAUUAUCCUCACAGCCUCCAUUGGCACAGUAACUAUUAAACUCAAUGUUUAAAUUGUUUAACCAAAUAAUUAUAUUUAAUUCUUUACAGAAAAGCUUUGUGGUUUCAAAUCAUGAUUCUAUGUUGCAAAUGAGACACAGAAAAUUCAUAUAUAACUUAGUUUGAGUUACCAAACCAUCUUACUCAUGGGAUUGAAAUAAGUACCUGAAAAUUGUUUCAAUUCAUCCUUUGUGUAAACACAAUUUUUUUCAUACAUAUCAUUGUUUAUUCUGACAUGUCUCAAACUUAUUUAGAAAAAUAAAUUAGAGAGACUGACAAAAUCUAAGUGAUUUG